AGCGAAACGGGACCGGAACACCGGGUACAGCCGGCGCGUGCAGGGGAAAAUGGGACAUUUAUCUCACAACUUUUUUUCACUAAGAACAAUUUAAGACGGAUCAAUGGCAUGGCUGUCGACGCUGCCUCCAGCUUUAGUUUCUGCCGCCCUGCAGUAGAGUACAAGGCACUUCCAGAUGACUUUAAGUACCAGCUGAGCCGCUGCACGGGUGAAAAUCUUACCUGGCAUGAGUGUCGUGGGAACAGAACAGCAGGUGGUCGAACUGUCAAACUCCUACAGCAACCAGGAACCGAGGCCUCGCAGCUUCACACAGGGAAUGCAUACUCUGUUUACCACACUAGUCCCACCCUGCCAAGUCUGUCUAGGCCAGUGGUUCUCUGGUCCCAGCAGGACGUAUGUCGGUGGUUAAAGAAACACUGUCCUCACAACUACCUGACCUACGUGGAGGCUUUUUCCCACCAUGCAAUUACAGGCCGAGCUUUGUUAAGGCUGAAUGGCGAAAAGUUGGAGAGGAUGGGUCUUGUACAGGAAACUCUCAGACAAGAGCUUCUUCAGCAGAUUCUGCAACUGCAAGUCCAGGAAGAAAGGCGCAACCUCCAGCUCCUUAGCAGAGGGACUUUUGGGAACCUGUCAUAGCUACAGACAUGCGUGGGCAGCUCUUCCAGGCUCAGUACGCUGUGAGAGGUCAUUGAGGCAUGGGGCCACAGGCUGUGUGAGUGCAAAAACAGACCACUGUCUUGGACUGCCACAGGCUACUGAGGCUUUGGCAGAGCUUUCAGCAUCAGCACCUGAACCUUUAUGUACAUCUCAGAUUCCAGAUGAGCAUAGACUGAAUCAGCAGCGACAAGGAGAAUAAAUAAUCUAACCAGAAUCUCCCCCUGAGAGUGGUGUAAAUCUACUCCAGAAUGUUGUUUCUGUUAGAGUACGAGGUUCCAAAUCUUUAACCAGGAGUGCUGGGAAAUACUGGUUUUUCUGAUGACCUGAAACUGUUUUCCUCUGUGGGAUUAUUUUUCAUUUCCAAGACAACAAGUAAUUUUGUUCACAAAGACUAUGUAGGUGAUUUUCCUCCUGACAAUAUUUCACUGUAAUAAUCUUACAGAAGACAAAUUUCAGCUAGGAGUGUAAUUGCACAAACGUUAAACAAGCAGCAAGCCUGGACAUGCCUCUUAAAGUUAUCUUAUCUAACCGUCAGAUUGAUAAUGUGAGACAGCUCGAGAGAAAGAUGAAGUGAUGAAAACAAGCUCAUCAAGACUUCACAUUGUUCAACGCUUACAGAAUUUAAUGUUGUGCCGAAAAAAUACUGCAAAGGAAAUGAAAGGUAUUUUUCCAAUACUUUUGUUACACACAAAUGUGGGCUGUUCCUGACUAUUUGUCACCUUGAUGACGCUUUGAGCUUUACCUGGGGACAUUUAAGCAUAACACAAAUUCCACAGUAUAAAAGUUUGACAUUCUAUCCAUACUUGCAUUAUGAAUGUUCAUAAACUUUUUUUUAACUGGCUUUUCAAAAUCUGUACUGUCUUUUAAAAAACAUUCUAGUUUAUCCGUCACCCUUUGGCCUGAGGACACGUGUCUUUAAUGCCAUUUUACAUUCUGAUUUUUGCCUAAUGUUUGCAUGUUUCAUAUUAAUUUUUUAAGUUAUAUUAUAAAAUAUGUAAAUGUAAUAUGAUGUAGCUCUAAAAAUUGUAAUUAGUUUCCCACUUUAUUUGUGUCUGUUAUCAUUUACCUCAAAUCUCUAAUGUGUGAGUUUUUAUGUAUGUUGUGUAGUAAUUACACUGAUUUGAUUGAGCUGUGUGACAAAUACAGUAUACUGUAUGUAAGUAUUACUUGUUCAGUAAUAUGUGCCAACACUACCUCAUUGCUGGUUCUUCAUGUUGAUUCUUUUUUGUAUAUUAAUUUGUAUAUGACUCAGAUUAUUGUGUGUAGUCUACAGGUCUGAUAGGCAGACUGUUACUUUUUGAACAUACUGUAUCAUGGUGUAGCCUACUGAAAUAAUAUAAUAAGCAAAUCUUAAAUCUGA